GCGAGUUCUAAGGCUCAGUGGCAAAAACACGCAAAGCCAUAAAUAAAAAUGAAUUUUAGAAAAUGCAUAAAGUAGUGAGACCAGUGUUCGGGGAUCUCGUAUCAAAUCGAAGGUUCUUCCCAUCACGUUCAUUUCAAUUUCAAAUUACGCAAUCAUAACCCAGAUCCGAAUCAUACCAUCACCAGAGAUCCAUCUAUCUCACUUUCUAAUUUUCUUCUUUUUUAUUCAUAAAAAUAAAAUAGUAAUUUAUUUUCUUUUUUCUUCAAUUUUCUCUUCACUUUUUCUUCUCUUCUUCUUCUUCUUCUUCUCCUCUUCUUCUUCUUCCCUCGCAAAUUCAACCGCCACAGAUUCACCAUGGCACCGCGAUUCAGAACCGUUCUCGCUCUUCGCCUCUUCAUUCUCUUGUGCUUAAUCUUCCAAACCUUCGCUCAGGAUUCUCUGGCGCAUAAUGAGAGGCAAGAUUCCGGUGGAUCUGUGGAUCUAGGUCGCCGUGCCAAACUUGCAUUGAAUGGUUUAGAGAAUGGCGCGGUUCUUCCUCUUAGCUUGGAUUCCUCAGGUGUUGGACUCUUUGAUGCUUUCUUUGCUAGUCUAUCAAUGAUUCUCGUCAGUGAGAUUGGGGAUGAGACAUUUAUAAUAGCAGCUCUCAUGGCUAUGCGUCACCCUAAGUCAAUUGUUUUGUCCGGUGCGCUCACAGCCUUGAUUAUAAUGACAGUACUUUCAACAGGGCUAGGAAGGAUUGUGCCAAAUUUGAUUUCAAAGAAGCAUACAAAUAGUGCUGCUACAGUUCUUUAUCUUUUCUUUGGGUUACGUCUGCUGUACAUUGCUUGGAGAUCAGACCCAAAAUCUUCACAGAAGAAAGAAAUGGAAGAAGUUGAAGAAAAACUUGAAGGUGGGCAAGGUAAAACUUCAUACCGGCGGUUCCUUUCAAGAUUUUGUACACCUAUAUUUUUGGAGUCUUUUAUUUUAACAUUCCUUGCCGAGUGGGGUGACCGUAGCCAGAUUGCAACAAUUGCACUGGCAACACACAAAAAUGCAAUUGGAGUAGCAGUUGGGGCCACUAUAGGACACACAAUCUGCACCUCAGUAGCAGUGGUUGGAGGAAGCAUGCUGGCAUCUAGAAUUUCCCAACGCUCUGUAGCCACUGUUGGUGGCCUUCUCUUCCUCGGCUUUUCUUUGUCUUCAUACUUCUACCCUCCUCUUGAUUAAUAUAAGUGCUAAUUAUUCUUAUUCGUAAUGGCUUGUUUAUGCUCUUUUUACCUUAAUUUUUUCACUUGAUGGUUGUCCUAAUUAUAGAACUGGUUUAAGAUAUUGUUUCCACUCACUAGGAAAGCUCGAUCCUUACUGGAAUAUAAGAUUUUGUAUCUCAUUCUUUUUUGUAAAAUAUUUUGAAUAGACAGCCAUUGUUUUUGUCCUUUUUUUCGAAAGGCAAAAGUAUAUCCUUCUCUCCAUA